AUGGCGCCAAUAGACUACUCAAAACGGGAUAAUAUCGAUACUGACUCCGAGGCUGAAGCGUCAGUGUCAGGGAAGAAAGCCGGUCCAGCAUCAGCUACCACAAAGCCAACGGGCCCUCCAGCAACACAACCAAGCAACUCAUCCACACGACCAAUCGACUACUCCAAGUGGGACAAUAUUGACACUGAUUCUGAGCCAGAUGCGGCGAUAACUAGCCGGAAGACUAGCCCCGCACCUCUUGCUGCCAUACCAACGACAUCCCAGGCUGGUAUUGACAACUCCAAAUGGGACAGUAUUGGUGCUGAUUCCAAGCAUGAAUGCAUCCGAACACAUGAAAUCGCCAACCAAAGGACUUCACCUUCAACGUCUAAAACGCCUGGCUUGUCCACUCCGCCCGUCGAUGAAUGGACCAAAUGGGAAUCAAAUACUGGAAAUUCAGGCUCUGGAAACUUGGAUGAUGCAGUCAUGACACCACGCACACACUCUCUGGCGUCCAUAGAGGCAUCGAAGAGCUGCAAUGCCGGCACAAGUCCGAUGCCAGAAACACCAGACGCUAAUCUCAUGGCCACUGAAACUGUGGCCCCAAAAAGCUCAUCUACACAGCCGAACUUGAACCCUGGUUUGUCUCCUGUUCGCGGUGGACAAAUAAAUAUUCUCUCCUCACCGCCAGGCCCAGAUGGCCAAAGGAGUAUUCUCGGGGUGCAAAAGCCUGCGUUAUGCGAAGUUUGCUUCAAUCUAGACCCGAAUCAAGCGCCGCUGGAUUCCGAUCCCACACAUUCGUGGGCAGUAAAGGAAUACAACGUUCCUCCCGAAACGCCAUCCUGCAAAAUUACAAUCCAAAAAUCAACUUAUCUACUCGAAUCUGCAAAGGAGAGAUGCUUCUACUGUACCGUUAUUGCAACUGUUCUCGGGGCAUUACACCCCGGGUGGGACAAGGAGGAGUCAUUCAUUCAUAUAUAUGUGGCUCAAGGCUUGCCCGUUGUGGUGAGACUCCAGUUCGGUAGACUUGCCACAAGGUCUAUUGGAAGUGAAGCUCUUAGCGAGCUGGGUCUGGUGUUGCCUGACGGGGAGAAGAUGAAUUUUAGUAUUAAGAUGGCUGUUCGGGGUGAAGCCUUGGAGGCUGAGAUCUACAGACCACAAAUUGUUCGUCAUGAAAUGAGCCGCGGUGACCUUACCUUGUUGCCACUGAUAGAGUAUAUCGGCAUCGCGAAAGAAGUCCCUCAACAUUCCGGCGAAGGGAGAUGCUACGAAUUCAUCAGAGAUAACAUAAUCGAAUGCAGGGGAAAGCAUAAAUGUGAAAGACAAGGACCCUUACCAUUGCUUCCUGAUCGCAUCAUCUGGAUUCAAGCCAACAACACAACCCAGAUCCAACUCGUAGAGCCAAAAGAUAUUCAUGCACAAUACAUCGCACUCAGUUACUGCUGGGGACCAGUGAAAAAAGACACAUUUCUCACAAACGCAUCCUCACUUAAUGAACGAAGAGCCGGUAUUCAGUAUAAUGACUUACCACCUCUCUUCCAGGAUGUCGUGCACUGCGCUCGUGUUCUGGGCAUAGACUACAUAUGGAUAGACCGCCUGUGCAUUGUCCAGGGCAAUGAUAAAGACUUCAAACGGCAAGCUCCAAAAAUGGGAGAGAUCUAUGGAAACGCAACACUCACCAUAGCUGCGGCGUCUGCGACGUCUGAAAACGACCGUAUUCUGACAGCAAGGGACGACAAAUGGAUUUCCGGGGCGGCAGACACCGUCGUGAAGGGUGUGGGCAAACUCUCACUGAGGUUUCGACGGCGAACGCAUCCCUUGGAAACGGAAGCCUCGGGAGGUGAUUAUGGGAAAGUUUCUACAAGAGCUUGGAUUUGGCAAGAACGCCUUCUCUCCACGAGAACCAUCUUUUUCACUCCUUCGGCACUGAAAUUUGAAUGCCGUUGCCACUCCGUCUGGGAAGGCUCCGGUCAGAGUAUGACAGGGAGAUCAUGGUCUGCCCGACUCGACAAUAUAACGCAUCGCUCUUGGCUGGAGUUUGUUGAGGAAUUCAUGCGUCGGGACAUCACCCAUCCUUCUGACAGGCUCCCCGCCAUGGAAUCAGUCAUGAAGCGAAUACAAAAACUUCGUGGGUGGUCGCCUCUCUGGGGUCUGUGGCAAGAUGCGGUCGUUGAAAGCUUGUGUUGGAAUUCCAGUGAGAAAUCCAGUUACUCCGGCAAACACUGGUGGCGUAUGAAUCCAGGCUAUUAUGCGCCUUCUUGGAGCUGGGCUAGUAUCGAUGGUCCGAUAUCUUACGUCUCUGUUAAGGCUCUGGAUUUCAUAGGCAAAGGUGAGACUGACCCUAUGAAAUACGAUCUGCAGGUUUGCAGGAUAGAUCCUGUCAGAGGUGCAAUCACAGUCGGGGCACGAUAUGCGACCGUGACUCUUCAUUGCCGCAUCUUCAACUUUGGCAAGAAACCCAAACCAACUGAAAAGAACCUCCGCUACGAGUAUAGUUUGCUAAACGUCUCGUCCAGCGGAGAACCUUUUCCAAUUCAUCCGGAUGUCGCCCUGGAACCUUGGACUGAUGCCGUUGGUAGCGAAGCACUACACCCAGCGCCUGUUCGACUUCCCCGUGACAAAUCUCCUCCAACGAACUCGUGGAGCGCGGAUUGCGUGUGUAUUUUGGUUGGAAUGCAGAAACUGAGAUGUCUGGUUUUGAUCCUGGGGCCUUCUUUGAGAGAAGAUGGGUGCUGGGAACGGGUUGGCAUGGCCUCGGGACUUGAACCAGCCAUCUUUGCGAGUUCAGUUGUACAUGUCUGGAAUAUUGUUUAA